GUUCCCGGGCGAAUGGAGCGCGUAGUUUGCGGGCUUCCCGGACCCGCGGUCGAUGAGCGCGUGGAGGGCCCGGCAGGCCCGGCGCGCCUGGGCUUACGCGUGCGCGCAGCCGCCGCCAAAGCUGGAGGGCCGGCGGCCUGGCGGGGCUGGGACUGGCGGGCCGGGCCGUGGCGGCCGGCGAGGCCCCGGCUUUUGCCGCCGUCCCCGCCUCUGCGAGUUUGUUCUCCAGGUCGACCCGUGGCACUUGGGGUGUUCAGGCGCUUCGUGGAGGUUGGCCGGGUGGCCUACGUCUCCUUCGGGCCUCAUGCCGGGAAGCUGGUCGCGAUCGUGGAUGUUAUCGAUCAGAACAGGGCUUUGGUUGAUGGACCUUGCACUCGAGUAAGGAGACAGGCUAUGCCUUUCAAAUGCAUGCAGCUCACUGACUUCAUCCUUAAGUUCCCACACAGUGCCCGCCAGAAGUAUGUUCGACAAGCCUGGGAGAAGGCAGAUAUCAAUACAAAAUGGGCAGCCACAAGAUGGGCCAAGAAGAUUGAAGCCAGAGAAAAGAAAGCCAAGAUGACAGAUUUUGAUCGUUACAAAGUGAUGAAGGCAAAGAAAAUGAGGAACCGAAUAAUCAAGCUCGAAGUUAAGAAGCUUCAAAAGGCAGCUCUCCUGAAAGCUUCGCCCAAAAAAGCACCUGCUGCUAAAGGUGCCGCUGCAGCAGCAGCUGCUGCAAAGGUUCCAGCAAAAAAGGCCACUGCUGCAGGCAAGAAGGCUCCAGGCCAGAAGGUUCCCGCCCAGAAACCUGCAGGCCAGAAGGCAGCGCCUCCAAAAGCUCAAAAGGGUCCGAAAGCCCCAGCCCAGAAAGCACCUGCUGCUCCCAAGGCAUCUGGCAAGAAAGCAUGAGAGCACGAGGGGCUACUGUACGCGUAUAAUAAAGGUUCUUUUUAACACACUG